GAGGCAACGGUUGGCUAGUGGAGUGAGUCGAAGCGCCCCCGCAGCGUGCGCCUGUGGAUAGAGUGCGGCGAGGCACACAAACCUUGCGGCCCGUAGGCUCCAACGCUCCUCCACCUCUAAUGGCCACAGCCACUGCCGCCACCGUCUCCCGCCUCGCCGUCCUCGCGCCGCGGCCGUCGCGGCCCGUGCCAGGUCGCCGGCGAACAGCCCCCUCUCGCCGGCUCGCUCGCUCCGCCACCUCCCGCGGCCGCGUCCUCUGCCUCGCCGCGCCCGUCCCCGCCGCAGCCUCCACCACCGAUGCCGGCCAGGACCGCCUCCGGAAGGUCCCCAUUUCGAACAUCAGGAACUUCUGCAUCAUCGCGCACAUCGACCACGGCAAGUCCACGCUGGCGGAUAAACUUCUGGAGUUGACAGGCACGGUGCAGAAGAGGGAGAUGAAGCAGCAGUUCCUGGAUAACAUGGACCUGGAAAGGGAGAGAGGGAUCACCAUCAAAUUGCAGGCAGCUCGGAUGCGCUACGUCAUGAAUAAAGAACCUUACUGCCUGAAUUUGAUUGAUACACCAGGCCAUGUCGAUUUCUCAUAUGAGGUUUCCCGUUCUCUUGCUGCUUGUGAGGGUGCACUUCUGGUAGUUGAUGCUUCUCAGGGUGUCGAAGCUCAGACGUUAGCUAAUGUGUAUCUUGCACUGGAAAACAACCUUGAAAUCAUACUGGUUCUAAACAAAAUAGAUCUUCCUGGUGCUGAACCUGAUCGCGUCGCAGCGGAGAUUGAAGAGAUAAUUGGAUUAGAUUGCAGUGAUGCAAUUCGGUGUUCAGCAAAGGAGGGCAUAGGCAUCACCGAGAUACUAGAUGCCCUCGUGACCAAAAUCCCCCCACCAAAGGAUACUGCUAAAAAUCCUCUCAGAGCUCUUAUAUUUGACAGCUAUUAUGAUCCAUACAGAGGCGUAAUUGUGUACUUCCGUGUUGUUGACGGCAGCAUAAAGAAAGGGGACAAGAUAUGUUUUAUGGCCAGUAGAAAGGAAUAUGCUGCUGAUGAAAUUGGUGUACUAUCCCCCAAUCAGAUGCAAGUAGACGAACUCUAUGCUGGCGAGGUCGGUUAUCUCUCUGCUUCUAUAAGAUCAGUGGCAGAUGCCAGGGUUGGCGAUACAAUUACUCAUUAUUCAAAGAAAGCAGAUUGUGCUUUACCAGGAUAUUCACAAGCUACUCCAAUGGUUUUCUGCGGCUUGUUUCCUAUAGAUGCAGACCAGUUUGAGGAGUUGCGGGAAGCGUUGGAAAAACUUCAGCUAAAUGAUGCUGCCCUAAAGUUUGAACCAGAAUCUUCUAGUGCCAUGGGGUUCGGCUUCAGAUGUGGGUUCCUUGGCCUUCUUCAUAUGGAAAUUGUUCAGGAAAGGCUUGAGAGGGAGUACAACUUGAACCUAAUAAUUACUGCACCGAGUGUGGUUUACCUUGUGAAUUGUGCCAAUGGUGAAACUGUUGAAUGUUCAAAUCCAUCGUUGCUUCCGGAACCUGGGAAACGGAGGUCUAUAGAAGAACCAUAUGUAAAGAUUGAAAUGCUUACACCGAAGGAUUAUAUUGGCCCAAUAAUGGAGCUGGCUCAAGACAGAAGAGGUGAAUUCAAGGAAAUGAACUACAUCACAGAAAGCAGGGCCAAAAUUAUUUAUGAGCUACCACUAGCAGAGAUGGUUGGAGAUUUCUUUGAUCAACUGAAAUCACGAAGCAAAGGAUACGCUAGCAUGGAAUAUUCACUUGUCGGGUACAGGGAAAGUCAACUAGUAAAGUUGGAUAUACAGAUCAACGGUGAUCCUGUGGAGGCACUGUCAACAAUUGUACACAGAGAUAAGGCAUACUCUAUUGGCAGGGCACUUACUCAAAAGCUCAAAGAACUUAUACCUCGGCAAAUGUUUAGAGUCCCUAUUCAAGCAUGCAUUGGCACAAAGGUCAUUGCAAGCGAAGCCCUAUCGGCCAUCAGGAAGGAUGUCCUAUCAAAAUGCUACGGGGGUGAUAUAUCGAGGAAAAAGAAGUUGCUGAAGAAACAAGCUGAAGGAAAGAAAAGGAUGAAAGCAAUCGGGAGGGUUGAUGUUCCGCAAGAAGCAUUCAUGGCUGUAUUGAAACUGGAAAAGGAGGUGCUAUGAAAGGGCUCAUGUAACCUUUCCCAAGUCUCGUGUCCGUAAAGGAACAUGUAAAUAUCUCUGUGGGAGCGACUCGUGAUUAUACUCAAGAGUCUGAGAACAGGUCAUUGCCUUCAACUUGCCAUGCUCCGCACCAAAGGAACCAAUUAACUAUAGAUCAGUGUCAGAACGUAAACAGCUAAUCUGAUAUUCACUAGUUUUUCUUCGUAUAUAUAUGUCAGGUUAUGAAGCCAAAAAAAAUCAGGUGGUUACACAAUUUUGCCUGCAUGUAUGAAACUCUUGCGGUAAAGGUCAUUAUGCAAUCCAAUUCCUUGUAAUGAUACACUUCGACAUGUUCUACGGUUGAACAUAUUCCCACAAAUUUAUAUGUAGAAAGCAUCAUUUUUUAUAGCAAUACUUUAUGAAGGUUCA